GCACUAGGUUCAAGAGGCCGAAGAAGAGACCCAGAGCCAGCAAACGAGGCAUAUGGUUUAUUGAGGGGAACUUACAUACAGAGCGGUCCACUAGAGGUGAGCUGGACAUGAGAACAACAUCACCUGCAGAAAGCAUGCAGUUUAUAUAGCAUUUUCAUUUUGCACCCUCUCCCUAACAGCUUCCACCUGGCAACCUUCAUUUAGCCCAAAACAAAGGGCCUAGCCCUCCUGUGCGGCCUGCAUUCCACAGGGCUCAGAUGUUCCUCAUAGAUAAGGAAUGAAUCUUGGUUGGAACUGCAAACUCAUUCAGGUUGUCUGCCACACAGGGUCAUUCCCCUGGGUCCACUUACGUUACUGCUGUCAGGUGCCUCUACCAUACACUUGACUUCUUUGGAAGUCAUGGCUUGGAAGGCUGCUAUAAGGGUUGCGCUAGUCCAGCUCCUGGAAAUCUGUGUGUGAGGAGGCAGUGGGCAAGAUGGGGCAAGAUGGGGCAUGGGUAAGAUAAUAUCUUGGACCACAGACAUCUCAGAAACUCUUAAUAAGGCAGACUGGUUUAACACCAUGUGAGAGUUUGGGGACUUCCUGGCCUCUAUGAGCCCAAAAGGAGUUGUAUAGCUGCCCCUAAACUGGGAGACUAGAAAGGUAGUAAGAAUAAUUCCUCCAGGUGCUUCAGCAGGUGCUUGGUAACCUGCUUGUUUCUAUUAAUAUACCAUUGGCCCAUGUGGGUAAGCACCGCUUUGCCUUGAACUGUUGUUCCACUGCCAUCAUUUAGAGUACUCUAAAAACUAGACUUGAGCUCUAAGUGAGACAACUAAGAAAACCACUAUGGUGCCUCCCAGUCAGAGAAAAGACAUUCAGUCAGUACAGGUAGAAUGCACACCCAACAAAAUAGAACUGAAGGGGCUCACUCUUACCCUCACCAAUCCAUCCACUACACUGGCUGGAGGUCCAACUGCUAGUAUCUGCAUUUCUUUGCCCUAAGGCUUUUUCUGGCCACCAGAGCCCAUCUUGCUGCCCAUGUAGCAGGCUAGAGUGCAGACCCCAGGGGCUGCCUUCAACCAUUGAAGGAAGUUGGUAUAUAAAUCCCCAUCUCCCUCACCCCUUGAGUGGGAUAACUCUGGGGUAUAUGUUUUAUACUGGCCACCAGAAUUCUCCAGUGACAGUAAGCUCCAGUUAACCACAGUGCUAAUUUCCUUGAUAAUAAACCCUUUGGCUUUCUUCCCUUCCUUGACUCACUUUCCUGCUCUGCUACCAAUGUUUCCCAGGAUCACCUCCCUCACAGGCUAUCUGCACUCAAAACCUUGUCUCAGUGCCUGCUUCUUAGGAAAUCUAAAAUAAGACUUGGACUGUGCUGGGAGUACUGAAUAAAGCAAAUGGAAUACUGCAGCCUGUGCUUCUGUACUGGACUCCCAGAAUACAUGAAGCUGUGCCUGGAAGCAUUUUCUCUUUAGGGAAUUUCAUCAGCAGAAAGAAUUACGUACAGAUACUGAUGCCAUGUAUUUCCAACCAACAGCUCAGCCAGAUCAUCCUACAGUGAAGCUCUCAGGAAACAAGUACCAUCUACAAGGUGCCUAAGGAAGGACAGAGGUGAGCCACCUCGAAAAUGGAUACCCUCUCCAAGGGUUUGUAGUGAAAGAGGCACAGCUCUUGGCCUGGAGUUGGUGGGGGCAGCGAUAAGUGCAAGAUACUUGGUGACAGGAAUCGCGAGCAUACUCUUGUGUUGUACGGAUCCUCACGGUCGGCCCUGCAGAGGAAAGAGCUCAGUCACCGCGAGGUCCUGCACAACAUGCCAAAGUCCCGGAUAUGUGUCUCGGGGUCUACACCUAAGCCGCGACCCCUCUAAACUUCCUAGAAUCGCGCGGGAGGCAUGGUGCGCAUGCGUGUAGCCACCCCAAAGGCGGCGGGAAGUUGGUUUUCUGAGUAGCAACUGAGCAGCUUGAAGACGGAUUGGAAGUAGCGGACCAAUAAACAAACGUCUCAUUGGCUUAGAGUGCUUAGGUUCCUAAUUCUUCAGCUUCCCAUUGGGCCUUUCAAGCGAGUAGGGGCGUGACUCCAGGGGCUCCGCCCCGAGCCUUGGCCCAGUCUUGGGGUCCAAGGCUGAGGGAGCGGGACGGAAGUGAGCGGGUCCCGCCCCUUCCCCUUCUCGUCUCUGUUGGAGUCGUCUCUGCAGCAGCUUCCUCGGCUGCCAGCUCUCCGGCGAGCCGGAGUCCUCGUGCCGUACCGUCAGUCCCCGGCCGCGCGGAGCCGGGAUGCACUGUUCCUGCAGUGGGUCCUCAUCAUGGAGACCAAACGGGUGGAGAUUCCCGGCAGCGUCCUGGACGAUCUCUGCAGCCGAUUUAUUUUGCAUAUUCCCAGCGAGGAAAGAGACAAUGCAAUCCGAGUGUGUUUUCAGAUUGAACUUGCCCAUUGGUUUUACUUGGAUUUCUACAUGCAGAACACACCAGGAUUACCUCAGUGUGGGAUAAGAGACUUUGCUAAAGCUGUCUUCAGUCAUUGUCCGUUUUUGCUGCCUGAAGGUGAAGAUGUGGAAAAAGUUUUGGAUGAAUGGAAGGAAUAUAAAAUGGGAGUACCAACAUACGGUGCAAUUAUUCUUGAUGAGACACUUGAAAAUGUACUACUGGUUCAGGGGUACCUAGCAAAAUCAGGCUGGGGAUUUCCAAAAGGAAAAGUAAAUAAAGAAGAAGCUCCUCAUGAUUGUGCUGCUAGAGAGGUCUUUGAAGAAACUGGUUUUGACAUCAAAGACUAUAUUUGUAAGGAUGAUUACAUUGAACUUCGAAUCAAUGACCAGCUUGCUCGUUUGUACAUCAUUCCAGGAAUUCCAAAAGACACAAAAUUUAACCCAAAAACUAGAAGAGAAAUUCGGAACAUUGAGUGGUUCUCUAUUGAGAAAUUGCCUUGUCAUAGAAAUGAUAUGACUCCCAAAUCCAAACUUGGUUUGGCACCUAACAAAUUUUUUAUGGCCAUUCCCUUUAUCAGACCAUUAAGGGACUGGCUUUCUCGAAGAUUUGGUGAUUCCUCAGACAGUGACAAUGGAUUUUCCUCAACUGGUAGCACGCCGGCUAAACCCACUGUGGAAAAAUUGAGUCGAACCAAAUUCCGCCACAGUCAGCAGUUAUUUCCUGACGGUUCUCCUGGUGACCAGUGGGUAAAGCACAGGCAACCACUGCAGCAAAAGCCAUAUAAUAAUCAUUCUGAAAUGUCUGACCUUUUAAAAGGAAAGAAUCAAAGUAUGAGGGGAAAUGGCAGAAAACAGUAUCAAGAUUCACCUAAUCAAAAGAAAAGAACAAAUGGGCUUCAGCCUGCAAAGCAGCAGAAUUCUUUGAUGAAGUGCGAAAAGAAACUUCAUCCACGGAAACUUCAGGAUAAUUUUGAAACAGAUGCUGUAUAUGACUUACCUAGCUCCAAUGAAGACCAGUUGCUAGAACAUGCCGAGGGACAGCCCGUGGCAUGUAAUGGACAUUGCAAGUUCCCCUUUUCAUCCAGAGCCUUUUUGAGUUUCAAGUUUGACCAUAAUGCUAUAAUGAAAAUCUUGGACCUUUGAUAGCAGCAGAUGUAUUGUAAAUGUCCCAGGAUCAGAGACCUGUUGCAUUUGAGUGGGUGUCUCCUCAAGCCUUACCUUUCUCAGGUGUUUUAAAGAAAUGCAGGGAGGCAAUGUUUCUGAAGACAUUUUCUGUUUAUAAGAGAGUAGAAAGAAACACGAGUUUGCACUGUAAAUGCAGUUAUAUAACCUUUUAUACAGAUUUAUCUUUUCAGUGUUUAGCACAAGUUUAAGUUGCUUUCUUUGAGGGCAUUUAUUCUGUGUGACUGUGGGUUUUAUUUUGUAUUCUGGUUAAGAAAAUAACGUAUUGAGUUACUGUCAAGUAGCCAAGUUAAUGGGAAUGUUCCAUCUACCUGUUACAGUGAUUGCAAUAAUAGUAUAUUGGAGUUUUUCAAAGAAACUUAAAAUAAUGCCCAAUUAUUAAAUGAACACAAGAGCUGAGAUGUUACAGUCGCCAGGAUUACAGGUGAUCUACUUUGGUGGCAUUUUGUACUUCUCUCUGCUUCUAACCACUGAGGCUCUGUAAUCUUCCUCUGGAGUUUUAGUGAAAGGAUUUAUUGAACAGCUUCUGGAAUAUAAUGUGCAUGUCCAAAAUGAACUCUUAGCACUUCAAAAGGACAAAGUCUGUAGCCUGGAGGGGCUUGAGUGGAUGGGAGUUGAUGCUGUGAUUUUGAGCUGUGGUUACAUGCAGUCAGUAAACCUGUGAGACUGCUGGAGGAAAUGUAGCAGACAGCAUGGAGGCUGGGACCCAGCAGCUACUUUGGGUCAUGUCUUUACUGUCCUGCCUCCAACCCUUUAGUCUCGUAGACUUUUGUUCUUGUGGAAAUUUCUUCUAUAUUCCAGUUGUGUAAAUAUGUAUGGAAAACUGAUAUUACUAGGUUUUACAUUGCAUCUCCAGUAUUGAUCUUUGGAAACUGAUGUUAUAUUAGGUUCCAAUUUGCAAUAGUAGCAGAGACUGACAUGCUUUUGUUGGCCUGCUAAGCCCCUGGAUGAUGGAGCGAGAAGGGAAGGGGUAUGCAGUUUACCCAAGUCCAAAUAAAGCAUUUCACUAGGUUACACGUUAUGUAUAUGUGUUACAUAACAGUAACAUACAUAACUCACUCCUAGGAAUGUAUUUUGCUUCAGGAUUUUUAAAUUCAAAUACGGAUGGCAGUGCCCAUUUUAAGGAGGAUUUCAGCUAUAAUUGAGGACAAUCACCAGGGCGUUAAGGGGGCUUUAGUGUUUUGGCUGCAUCUGACCUCACUGAAGGAAUUUCUUGGGAGUGGGGGGUGUUUGAGUAUGUGUGUGUGUGUGUAUCUAUCAUGUGGGUUUUAAAAAUCCUUUUUUACAGUGGUAUCUACAAAAUACUUCUCUGCUUAUAAAUGUUAUUGUAGAAAUCUUUAUUCUGUGUAGGUAGCCUAUUUAAUUGGGUUCCACUGAACCUCAUGGGACUUUUAAAAGAAGGGCUAUUUAAGGAAUUCACUUGGUAGUACUUUGCUUUAGCUUUUAAAUGGCUUGAUUUUAAAGGAGAAAUUCUAUUUAUUAAUGAAAGUAUCACCCUUUUGGUGCUAAGCAGGAGAAUUCACAAUUAAAUCAGUGUGUAUAGAAUUCUGAUACUCAGAAUCCUGCAUCUUUUAAUGUGACAAAUUUUUGAAUCCUGUGACUUUUGCUUUUUAAUGCAUUAUAUGAUUGUGUUUGGAAGCUUUUACUGUUUUUUUCAGAAAUACGGCUGCUUUGCUUGGGUCUCUUCGAGCCAUAUUUAUAGUUGGUCCCAGCAUUCCAGACUUCUGUUAAAUUGUUAAAGGAGUGAAAAUGUGGUUUGCCUGGCAGAUGAAUAAUUUUCACUCAUUUAUUGUCUUCUGGAAACCAUUUAACUUUUACUGUUUUUUAUUUUUUUGGUAUGUGUUUUUUUUUUUUCUUUUUAAGUGCAUACUUUGGCCAGUCUUCCUGGUGCCUGUAGAGUUGGAUUUUUCAGCUCUCAAUACUGAAGCAAAAGAGAUUAGAGUUAGUUACCAGAAGUAUGGCCUCUGAUGGUGUUGAGCCUUUUCAAGAACCAACAAAUUAUCUUUGUGAUUACAGUAGUUUAACUAUGGUUAAAUGUUAUUGCUGUUGCGCUGCUUUAUUUAAUGCACUGUGGAACAAAAUAUAAGGGUAUUGUUGGGAUGUGAUUAUGAUAACUUCAGGCUUUUAGCUCUCCUCAAAGUUUGAGGUUAAAAAAAUGUUAAAAGAUGUGAGUUAAAGUUUAUGUGUGUGAUGUGACUUAACUAUGCAGAAAAUAUUUAAGUUGGAUGUGCUUGUUUUAGGUACAUCUACUAUACUUAUUCCCUCAAACCUGGGUAAUAGUUUCUCAGUGUUCAGGUUACCUUGAGAAAGGCCAUGCUUAGCGAACUGGAUUUCUCCUUUGAGAAAUUUUAGUAUGGUUUGAGGAAAUCAAGUGAUAAAGGAGUAUGCUGAAUAUGCAAUAAUUUACUUCUACUGAGUGCUGCAUUUUAAAUGCUAGAUGAGAAGAAUAGUUGGUUUGCUUCAUUAUGUUUUAUGUCUUUGAGAGAGAUACAGGUCUUGGAAUUCACUUUUUAAAUGUUAUGUUCCAACCUUAUAUGUUCCAAGGUGCAGUGCACUGUGAAUCUUUUAUUUUUUAAAAAAUUUGUAGGUGCUUUUAUGUAUAACUUUAAUGAUUUAUAAGAUGCUAAAUGAAUUGUUUUUGUACCUAACCAUUGUAAUCCAAAAGAUAAGGGUGUGGUUUACAUGCUUUUAAAAAAUUUUUGUUAAGAAGUAGCAAAUGAAUGGUUUAGGAUUUCAAAUAGUGAUACCCUCCUGAGACAUAAGCAUAUGGAGAGGCCUGAGAACCUAAUAGAACUCAUAUAGUGUGAGUGAAAUUUGGUUAAAGACGUUGGAAAAUGAAGUUGGAUUUUUGUAUUCAUGUAUAAAGGAAAGUCUUCCAGUGCUGUCAAAGGAAUUGUGGUUACUACUUGCGGUUCUGAGCUUUGAAUAUCCUUAUUUUUCUAUUAAAUAUCAAUUAGUAAGUAUAGUUAAUGAAGACAUAUAAUGAAAGUAAUUUUACGCUGUAAGAAUGAGUUGGUACUUUUCCUUUUGAAGACUUUAGUAAUUUGUAUGUAAUGUCAAAUAAAAGGAAUUCAAAUCUGAGUAAAUAACAGCCUCCUACUAUAGGAAUUAGAUUCUUCUAUAAAAGUCACCAUAUUGUGUCCUAUAGAAAAGUUAAGGUCUGAGUGCAUGUGUGCAUUAAAAACAUUUCACUACCUAUUCUCUCAUGGACUUCUCGUCCUUCCUUUUUUCAUCUCCAACAGUUAAAUGGUAAGGAGAGCAAAGUUAAUUAUAAAAAUUAGAAAUUUUGCCAAGUUACUUUUCUUACCACAAUACCCUCUCGGCUUUUUUUUUUUUUUUGAGAUGGAGUUUCACUCUUGUUGCCCAGGCUGUAGUGCAAUGUUGCAAUCUCGGCUCACCGCAACCUCCGCCUCCUGGGUUCAAGCGAUUCUCCUGCCUCAGCCUCCCAAGUAGCUGGGAUUACAGGCAUGCGCCACCACGCCUGGCUAAUUCUGUAUUUUUAGUAGAGACGGGAUUUCUCCAUGUUGGUCAGGGUGGUCUCUCUUGGCUUUUUAUCUUUAUUUUUGUACCAGUGGACCUUCCUGCUCCCUGAGACUGUUUUGAUUGACAUCUUUUGUGUUUCUGUAUUUUCUGAGGCAGUAUUUUCUUUGUAUGUUAAUCAUAGUUAUAGUAAAGUCAGAUUCAUUAACUUUUCUUCCUAGUUAUUUUGACUUGGAUUAUUUUCUAGCCUGGAGGAUGGGGUUCAUAUGUGUUGUUGUAACUUUAGAUUAAUAAGCAAGACAAACUAUUUUUUUGUUAGAAGGUAUCCUUUACAUACCUGUCUCUAGGUAAACAAGUGUUAUUAAAAACAAUAUUGUCAAACAGUACUCCUGACAGCUUGGUAAAGUCUAGGUAGAGUUUCUCAUUUUGUAUUAUGUCCUAAGACUUUAAAGUGCAUUUGUCUAGUUGCCAAAAGUUCUAAAAAUGAGAUUAUGAUGGGCUUUCUCAGCAUCUUUUCGCUUCCUAGAAUUGAGUUGCUCUUGAAGUCUGUACUCCUGUGUCAGAAAGAUGGCAGAUUGCAAAUGGGCAGUACAGGCUUUUGCCCCAUGCUUUCAAAGUAGGAUUUUGGAUUGCAGUUUCAAAAGAAUAUGAUAGAUUAUUGUUAUAGAAUCAAAGUGUCCUGAAGGGAGAAGAAUAGCUAUAGUUGCUGGGCAAAGAGUAUAAGAAAGAAACUUUAUUUAUCAAUACUUGAGUGCUAUGUUAUGUUCCAGGCUAGAAAUGCGAUCAUUGCAGGGCCUAAGUGUAGUCAUUCAUACAUAUAUGAAUAUCUAUAUCUAUAAAUAUAUAUGUAUCGCCAUUAUCGAGUGUUUUCUAGCCCUGGAUAAAGUUAAUUUUUUUGAAGUAUGAUUGCCAAGCAAUCCAGUGAAUCUAAAGUAAUUUUUCUCACUUUAAAGACCAGUGGUGAGGAGUCUGGUCCUUCCUGUACUGAUACUGUAGAACUCCAGUCAAACUCGAGUGCACUGCUUUCUUACAGGAAGACAACUCAGAACACACAGCCAUAAUCUGCUGUGGUGUCAGUCACAUCACAGUGGUUAUACAUUUGUCCUGAAUGGUGAUUCAUUCCUUUCCAUCUAACUUCCUUGUGACAAAUAGCAUUUACUAUUGAAAUAGUAGUCUGUAAAUAGGGAAAAGAGUGAAAGUUACUCUUAUGCAUGGGAGUGGGCCUAACGGGUUGACUUCCACCAGCUGAGUACAAACAAGUGUAAAGAAAAACUGUGAUAAAGUAUGGAGGUUUUGAGAAUUGUUCAUAAUGAAAUCUUUAAUCUGGGUUAUAAGAAUAAUGAAAUCACCAAUAAAAACAUUCCAUUUAUCUUGGAUCUUCUGUGGUUAGCAGAGGAGUAUGGUCUAGUUAUGUUAGCAGUUUGAAGGCACAACCUAAAAGGAAUGAGCUUUCACGAGGUGCUUACGUUAGCUGGGUAGUAUUGGUCAAAGGUACUCUGAAGAGUGAAUGCAGAAAUCAAUUGCCUGUGUUUGUAAUCUUGUCCCACGUGGACCCUAACCUUUAGUAGACUUCAGUCUUUUAGUCCAGUAGAAGACAACGGCCCUGAAUAUGUGUUUUCUGCUUUUUGGUGGAAGGUUUCCUGCAGGUGGUUGGGUGGUUUUGGGUUAUUGGCCACUGUUCGUUUAGUGCCAUUUGAAGACCUGUUGUUUCUUAAUCCUUUUUCUUGGUGUGACUGGCCAGGAAAAAGUCCAUUGAGUUCUUUUUUUCUCCCUGGUGUCUUAUCCCUUUCCUAAAAUAAUCCAUCUUUUAAAAUUUGUUUUACAUCUCUAUAGCAAACCUGCCACAGACUUGCAAGCAGUGAUUUUAUCUUUCCUUCCUGAGAAGGUGAUCUCACUUUUGAUGUUUGGGUCAUCUGUGGACACCUGUGCUCUUUUGAGUCUCAAGGCUUAUAGCUUUCACAUUGGCUUGGGGACAACAGACUUGUGUGUGGUUCUAGAGUGAAAUGGGCAGUGUUCUGCUGGUCCUCAGUCUUUGAGAGGUCUUAGGCAACAUCCUUAGUAUAGUGGAAUUUCUGAGGUCAAAUUUAACAUUUUAAUGUAUUCUCCUUUUAGUUCAUUGAAUCUGAGGUUCUAAGUCUGUAGCUUCAUUUUGAGCACAAGUCUGCAUUGUCAUUUUUUAAGAGAUUGGCAAGCAUAUGCUUUUGUGAUACUUAGGAAUAGACUAUGGAUGGCAACAAAUGAAAGUAAAGGUUCUCAACUGUGAAUGAAAUUUAGAAAGAUAAUUCUUCAGCAGUUGGUUGAUUAGAUGGGUUAGUGCUUUUGGAACAUAUAACAGUAGACUUGUAUUCUUUAUGCACUAUACAUAUACGCACUGACAGAAAAGCACAGAAGACAUACUGCUAAGAGUUUCUUUGUGCGUUUCACUACUGUUCUAGGGGACUGCUGUCUCUUUGGUUCCUUUUAGGUUUGUGUUAGGAUGUUGCACGAGUAAUCAUUUAAUGUUAAAUGCAAGUGUCCAGAGAAAUGAGUCUUAAAGUUCUUUGGUCAUAUUUCACUUCAGAGUUAGGACAGGAGACAGCUAACCUGACUUCCAUUUUAUAAAUAUUAGAAAUUUUUUCUUCAGUAACAAAAACAGGGAAGGACAAUAAAACCAUGAACUAUUUUGCUUUAUGUCUGUUUUUUAAAAAUAAUUGUUUUGAAGUUUCCUUAUUAGCUUAAUACCUUAUAAUACUUUUUAAAAAUCAUCCUUGGUAAUUAUUGACUUAUCCUAGAUCAAUGUACAAUUCAGACUUUUAUCUGUUAGCUUUAAUAAAAAUUUAAAACAAUCUCAUUUCAGAAUAAAGUAAACGGAAUUAUAGUUCAUGUAUUAGCAUUUUUAAGUGAAGUUCUCUUAAUAAGAUUGUCUUUUGUCUAACCAAAAUAGGGCAUACAGAUUAGUUUGGAUGGGAAAGCGGUAAGACUUGACUUUUUAAUACUGUGCCUAUUUCCAAAACAAGACUUGAUGUGGCUUUUUACAUUAUGCUUUAAAAAUGGAGGAUACGUAGUCUUAAAACAAUUUGUUUGGGAGUAAGUUUUAGUCGGAAAAAGGUGAAGAUAUUUAUGCUGAGUUAUGUUAAGCAAAUUAUUUUGAGACCUUUUGCUGGUGGACAAAAACUGAGGAAAUGUUUCACUAAAUAUAUUAUGGUCAAUGAAAAAACCAGACUUUAGAGUAAAUGUGAUAACCAAGUAGAUUUGUGAACUUUAUUUCUUUAGUAAUUAUUUUUGUCUUAUGUGAAAUGAUUCAACCUUUAAUUUUUGCCUAGAUUAUAGCAGUGUUUUAUUUUACCUUAUAGGGCAUUUUAAUGCUUGGAGAAAGACUAUAAGUGAAUCUACUUCAAGGGAUUCUGUUCAUGGUAGUGUACAGUUCUUGGUGCUCUUGGAAAUUGUCAAACAUUACUGAUAGCAGAAAAGGAACCCCAAAACACCUGUAGUGUUCACCUUGUUAUAAGAACAGAAACAUUUAGAACAGGUUUCAUUUUGUUUCUAGAUUUAUGUUGUUGUAGUUGAACAGCAACUUUUUUUCCCUCAGUGUUAACGAAAGGAUAAAGACUGACUUUACCUGUAUUGUUAGGUAUGACUAUCAAAGGAUUUCCGGUGAUUCAUGUUUGUGAAUUGGAGUUUAAAUGUUUGCAGGAUUACUGUACUUCCAGAGACCCACUAGAAUGUCAGCUGUACUCUGUACUCUCCACUGAGAAAAUGAACAAAAUCCUAUGUCUUAACAGUUAUGCUCUAACUUUUUGAAAGCUUUUUGAUGUAAAUAAUAGAUUAGAAACUAAAAACCUUUUAAUCUUACAAAAUACAAUUUGAAUGAUGGAAGGUUGUUCAGAUACUGGCUUUCUGUAAAAACAUCAUUGUGUUAGAUUGUUUGUAAUGUACUAUCAAUAAAAUUGGCUGCUUGGGCAGUUUUAGUUACCACCUUA